GCCCUAGAACUCCUCGUGUUCACAUUCAUUCACCCUAAAUAGUAUUGCUAAUUUGCUAUAUAUACCAGUGUCUUCCUAUCAUCGCUUCAUCUUUUUUAAUUCGCAAUCAUCUUUCGGGGUAUUUUAGAUGGCUUUGUUUGGAGAAUUUUGCUUUAGCUUUUUAUUUCUCCCCAAUCAGAUCCAUUCAAGAAUCCAAGUUUAUCACCGUUUUCAUCUAUUUCUAGUAAUAAAUUUGAUCUCUUCUUUAAUUUCUUCGGUUGAGGUGUUUGUUGCUAGUUGAUCUAGCAAAUUUUUAUAGUUUCAACUAUUAUCCUUCUGAUUUCUUACUUUAGGUGUAUGGAUCUAAAUCUAUAUGUAUUCUAAUUUUCUAUUUUUUUAGAAUGAUAAUUUCGGUUUUUUUAAAUCGAGUGGUUUUGAUAUUCUUUUAUGUAUCUGUUCUUAAAUUCAGGGCCAGCCCAGAGUUAUACGGGCUGCCCAACCGGACCCGGCCGAUCAUGGACCCAAAUAUCUUUUAUUAUUAUUUAGGGAGAAUACAUAUGCAAGCCCAUUACCCCAAAUUCUAAAGCCCCAAAACUCCUAGAGUCUUGACUCCAGUCUCCAGCCAGGUCGCGUUCCGCUCUCCAGAGCUCUACGCAGACGCUCGACGGCCACCACCCACAGUGCAGUGCUCAACUGACGUCUGCAAUCCGAUUCUGGGGACCUUAAGUCCAUAUGUCUAGGGUUUUUAAUUAUGAUAGAGUUCCAAGAAACCACAAGUUUAGAUUGUCCUUGAAUAAAGACGUCGCAACUCUGCGGUGUGAGUUCCAGGAUCUAAUUGAAAAGCUGCGAAUGAUGUGUGGAAGUCAAGGUCUUGUGUAUAAGGGGAUUCCUGAAGCAAACUUUAAAGAAGGAAUUCCGUUACUUGAAGUGGAGGUUGUGUAUGAAAAACAAAGCUGUAAGGUCCUGAUUUUGAAGCACGAUGUGUAUAUUAUUGGUUACUCUUGGAUGGGAAAGUGGAAUAUAUUCAAUGAUAUAAGGUUUAAACUUGCUGGAGUUUUAAUGCUUAAGGAAAAUAGCAGCUACACGUCAGGAUUGCCGUCUACUCUCGGUGUGGCUGCCUUGGUAGAUGCGGUGAGGAGGAUGAAUAGCAACGACUCUCGAGAGAGAAAAUUUGGAUGCGAGAUAUUAUUUGUUCAUCUUUGUGAGUCUGUUCGAUUUGAACCAAUUCGGCAGAAAAUUAUUGAGGGAAUAAAAAAAGUCAGUGAGGAUGGUACUGAAGAAGAGAAUGAAGUUUUUGAUGGGUUUGACAGUGCUGAAGAAGAGAAGGAAGUUUUUGAGUGGGUUGAUGAAGCUGCUAACUUUCCAGAUGUUACAAGGCAUGCUCUUCAAAAGGCAAACCUCAAUUUUCAUGGCAGUGUUGCAGGAUUUGAAGAAAUGGAUAGCAUGGCCCACCAAUGGUCUGGCCUUUCAAAAAUAUGGGCAAAACAUUGUGCUACUGGAUCGUUAGAUCCUUUCAACACAAAGGAUGUGCGUAGCAUUUUGAAAAAAUGUGGGAUUUCAAGUAUCCGAAGUAUAAAGUAUGUUUUAGCAUUGAUGAGCUCCCAAAAUCUUGAAGAGUUGAAGGAUUCUUAUGUCCCAACAGCAAAAUCAAGUGCAGUGGAACGAGCUUGUUUUGAAAGUGUUUGUAAGCAAGUGAAAAUAUGGUCUGGAGAGAGGGCAUUGGUUUUGAGCCGAUUUCAAGUUUAAGAUUAGUAGGGCAUUGGUUUUGAGCCGCUUGUGGCAUCGUGCUUUUUUUUUGUUUUUUGGUGGCACUUUCCUUCUGCAAUGCUAUCUUGCUAUUUGUCUGGUUAGAUUGAUGUUUCUUUUCUUCCUGAAUGUUUAGUUAAAGGGCCGCGUGUGGCAUACUGUUUUCUUUUUUGGUGGCACUUUCCAUCUGCAAUGCUAUCUUGCUAUUUGUCUGGUCUGGUUAGAUUGAU